AUGAUGGAUUCUCAAACGGUGUUUAGACCAAGUGUUAAACGCAAAACACUUGACUCGCCAACGGAUGAUGUGUUUGAACUUGACGUGGAUAUGACCGCAGAAUCUGAACCGGACGACUUGAAAACGGUGUAUGAGCCGGAAAAGUCGGACAAACCUAGUGACCGCGAAGGUUUCAUGGACGCAAAUGUGCAAACUACAGUAAGAGUAGACGGGACGGACCCUGAUUUUUAUUAUAAAAUAGAUGACCCAAAUAGUAAAUCGCAAACAUCGUUGUCGAAGGAGUUCUUGUCUAACUUCAUGCUGGAGUUUACAGAGGAUGAGUUGGCAGCAAAGAGAACAGUGGAAACUAUAUACUCAGCAACGGGAUCCUUCGCAUACACAUAUCGCAGCUUGGACGACGCGUUCUUCUCAAGGUCGACGAGCGUUAACACGUUGAUGCCAUUCGUAAAGGCACUAGCGUCAGUGGCAGACGAAUCGAUGCUGCUUAAGAUACUGGAGGAAGCAAAGAUAAAUAGGGAAGUGAGCGGAAGUGGGUCCGCAGACAAGUCGCUGCUGCUUAACUUUGAGCUGAUACUGUUAGGGCACUUCAGGCCAAUAAAGGCGAAGCUUGGGGAGUACAUGGGAGCAAACUUUCCACUGACCUGGAAAGAACUAAACGAGUUCACGACAGUGCUCUUUAAAAAUGGAAUACUGACGGAGCUAAAUACCUUCUUCACGAACGUCUACGGGAUCUAUGAGAUAUACAUGGAGGACUUCAAGAGGUACCUGAUGGACCUGAGGAUGUACGUGAUGAGGCUGAACGACUGUUUGACGGCAGAGGAAAAGAAGACGAAGAAGCAGAAGGCCGCAUCGCUGUACUCACUGCACGACUGCGUGGACAUAAUCAACUUCAUAGCCUCCCAGCUGGACAGCAUGAGGAAGGUGUACGUGCUGUUGGUAAAGAAUAUUAUGAACACGCCAGUGACGGAUAAUUUGGAAAAGGUGCUGGCGUCACUUGAAAAGGACCUGAGAAGCCAGGCGCUGCUGAAGAGGGAGGAAGGAGAAGUCUCGGAUAAGGUGAGUUGCAUAAGGAUGCUGCUGGACGAGGACUCGGUAAAGUUCCUGGGGUCGGCGUCGCUGGCGACCGAUAAUGGAGUGUGCAGAGAUAAGUUCAACGCAUUCUUCACAGCAUACCAGCAGGAGCUGCAGCGAAGAACAGAUGAGUCGUCGGAGUUUCAGAAGAAGAAGAAGUUCAAGAGGGACUCGGUGCAGUACGUGCUGGACAGGCUGGAGGAGCAGCGCUCGAACACGCUACCUGCGAACUGUAAGAACCCGUUCUACACCGUGGGAAUAGCGCCGAAGCUGUGCAACCAGGACACGAUCAAAAAGUGCGCUAAGAAGCUGAAGACGCUGCUGCACCCGGACACGGAGCACGACGCGGAGUGGAAGCAGAAGUCGGAGACGGCCUUCAAGGAGGCCUCGCUGGCGCUGUACCAGUGCGUGAACCUGAUAGACACGUUUAGCGCAACGAUGUCGAGAGUGGGACCGGUGCCGCCAUACCUGUCGCACCUGGGACUGACGGUGACCGAUGAUGCAGGCUACGUAAAAACAAACACAGGCAACCAGGAUCAGAGCGCAACGGCAGCCACAGCUUCGGGAGCUGCGACAACAGGGGCGUCAGCGGCAGGAGCACCCGGGUCGGCGGGAAGCAAUGCGUCCGACGUCCUGGAGUCGCUCUACCUCUUCUUCCCCGACUUCACCAUACGCUCGGAGGACGCGAAGGUGGGCGCUCUGUCGGUGGAGCUGGACCUGAGCAACCUGGCGGAGGGGAAGGUGUGGCAGGGUCUGGGCAGGAACAAGCACGUGAGUCUGUUUGUGCACAGGCCGCUGCACAACGAGCCGCUGACAGUGCACGUGCCGCCGGAGCUGGUGAGCAGCCACCUGCGCUUCCCGCUCUCGGAGCCGCUGAAGAACAGGACGCCGAUAUUCAAGGUGGACGCGGUGCAGCCGAUCCAGUUCGGGAGCUCGUGGAAGUACUACGUGGGAGUGAAGGUGUGCGGGGACAGGGGCUCGACGCUGGUGAGCUGGAGGCCGGUGUUCAUAGAGCUAUCGUCGAGAGGAAGGUCUGCGAGUCACGUGGCGCGCCUUCUGAGCACCUUUGUGAACGCGAGCUUCGUGAGCCAGCCUCUGCUCCAGGAGAAGCUGAAGGCGAUAAAGGGCACCGGCAGCAAGGCUGAGGCCGAGCGGUUCCUGGUCGAGUGCACGAAGAAGGCCCAAAGCUGGGCCGACGAAAACUAA